UUUUGGGGAAUAGUGCCUCAGCGCUCCCGCCCUUUUUAUUUCUUUAUUUUGGCGCUCCGUCCCAUAAGGGCGCCUGGCUGAUGUUGCCAAGAAAAGCCCCGCGCUGAGCCCACUGACGCGCAUCGCUAAGUGACUCAAACCUACGUCACCCCCGCCCAGGCAAAAGACGCGGAGCCCUCCCUGGGUGAAGAAAGCCUCUCCGAAGCGCUCACGACCCAGGCGCUCCAGGCUUCGGUUCCCAGCCUAGACAGCCACCGAGAAAGACAGAACCGGGCCGGCUGCUCCGCCGCUCACCGCUACCAGAAAGGGCUUUGCUGAACCUGCGAGAACCGCACAAGCGGCCCGAAGGACGCGAGCGGGGAGCCACCAGAGGAGAAGGGAAAGGGUCGGGCAAACGCGGCGCGGUGCGGUGCGCAGACCUGAGCAGCUGAUGCGCGCGUCAGAGCCCGGAGCCUUGACGCCGCUCGCUUUCCAAGCCCCAACUCCGCUCCGUUCCCGGGCCAGUCGCUAAGCAGGUGCUCGGCUGAGGGGCUCAUCUCCUUCUUCCCUCCCUCGCUUCUGGGCGUUUAUUUUGUUUUUUUCGUCGCGGAGAAGUUCGUUGUGGCACAGGGGGCGACGGACGGAAACGCGGACAAGCAGCUAUCCUUUACCGAGGGAAACGGGCAUCUCGUGCCUUCGCCUCUCCCCAGGUUCUCAACAAAUUCCCCAAACUGGUGUCCAUCAGAUAUGCCAAGACUACAUCCCUCUAGUUCCAGAUCAACAUAAUUGUGAACCAUACUAGCUGGGAAUUCUGAAGGUUAUAUUUCCACCAUCAGUCUCUCACAAACGACUCACAUCUGACGUGUUAUCUGCAAAGCCAGCCCUUGCCCUUUUAAAGUUUGAUUCCACCUGGCCUUGGAAUAAAUCCGUACUUAAUCUAUAAGUGGCUACACCAGACCAUCUCAAUGCCUAAGAGCAGCAAAGUAACUCAGCGAGAACAGAGCAAUGAGCCUGUCACAGAGUCAGUGGCUGAUCUACUGGCUCUGGAGGAACCUGUGGACUACAGACACAGUGUCUUAAAUGUGGCUUCAGAAAACUGGAACAAACAGCAGGUCGGGGAAGAAGCAGAGGAUGACAGACCGGCAUGGAACAACAAGCUACAGUACAUUUUGGCUCAAAUAGGCUACUCUGUGGGCCUGGGGAAUGUGUGGCGGUUUCCAUAUUUGUGCCAAAAGAAUGGUGGAGGUGCUUAUCUAGUCCCCUAUUUCAUUCUGCUCAUCCUUAUUGGACUCCCUCUGUUUUUCCUGGAACUGGCCGUAGGACAGAGAAUCCGCCGGGGCAGCAUAGGAGUGUGGAAUUACGUUUGCCCUCGAUUAGGUGGCAUUGGAUUUGCCAGCCUCUUAGUCUCCUUGUUUGUUGGACUCUAUUAUAAUGUGAUCAUUGGAUGGAGCAUCUUCUACUUUUUCAAAUCCUUCCAGUAUCCUUUACCUUGGAGCGAAUGUCCUAUUUUUAAAAAUGGCUCAGUGGCAAUCAUAGAACCGGAAUGUGACAAAAGCUCUGCAACCACUUUUUUCUGGUAUCGUGAUGCCCUGGACAUUUCCAGCUCCAUUUCAGAGAGUGGUGGACUUAACUGGAGAAUGACCUUAUGCCUGCUGACAGCUUGGUUCAUUGUAGGCUUAGCUAUGAUCAAAGGAAUCCAAUCCUCAGGAAAAGUGAUGUAUUUCAGUUCUCUCUUUCCAUAUGUGGUAUUGAUCUGCUUCCUGAUCCGGGGUUUGCUUUUGAGAGGGGCAGUAGAUGGGAUUCUACAUAUGUUCACUCCUAAGCUUGAUAAAAUGUUGGAUCUCCAAGUAUGGCGAGAAGCUGCCACUCAGGUCUUCUUUGCCCUUGGUCUUGGUUUUGGUGGAGUUAUUGCCUUUUCCAGUUACAACAAGCAAGAUAAUAACUGCCACUUUGACGCAGCCCUUGUCUCCUUUAUCAAUUUCUUCACUUCCAUCUUGGCCACAUUGGUUGUUUUUGCUGUGCUGGGCUUCAAAGCCAAUGUCAUGAAUGAAAAGUGUGUGGUUGAAAAUGCUGAGAAGAUCCUGGGUUAUCUGAACACAGAUAUCCUCAGCCAUGCCCUGAUACCACCCCAAGUGAACUUCUCCCAUCUCACAGCCAAGGAUUACACUGAAAUGUAUGCUGUGAUAAAGACAGUGAAGAAGGAUCAAUUUGAGAAUCUGGGGUUGGAUCCUUGCCUUCUGGAAGACGAGCUUAACAAGUCAGUGCAGGGAACUGGCCUCGCAUUCAUAGCUUUCACAGAAGCAAUGACCCACUUCCCAGCUUCUCCUUUCUGGUCAGUGAUGUUCUUCCUGAUGCUGAUAAACCUGGGUUUGGGGAGCAUGAUUGGGACCAUGGCUGGCAUCACCACACCCAUCAUUGACAUGUUCAAAGUGCGCAAAGAAGCAUUAACAGUUGGCUGUUGCAUUUUUGCUUUCCUGGUGGGUCUGAUCUUUGUGCAACGCUCAGGCAACUAUUUCGUCACCAUGUUUGAUGAUUAUUCUGCAACGCUGCCACUCACUCUCGUGGUAAUCCUGGAGAACAUUACUGUGGCUUGGAUUUACGGUACCAAGAAAUUCAUGCAGGAAUUAACAGAAAUGCUGGGUUUCCGGCCUUCCAGCUACUAUUUUUAUACAUGGAAGUAUAUUUCACCCAUCUGUAUGGCUGGCUUGAUGACGGCCAGUAUAAUUCAGCUAGCAGUCAAUCCACCAGGUUAUAGUGCCUGGAUAAGAGAAGAGGCAACGGAGAAGUUUCUCUAUUACCCCAAAUGGGCAAUGGGCAUACUUGUGUCUCUGAUCAUCUUGGCCACCCUUCCUCUGCCUGUCAUCUUUAUCCUCCGCCAAUUCCAUCUGCUGUCAGAUGGUUCUAAUGCUUUGUCAGUCACAUACAAAAAGGGGCGUAUGAUGAAGGACAUAUCCAACUUAGAAGACAAUGAUGAGACCCGUUUCAUCUUGAGCAAAGUUCCCAGUGAAACCCCUUCUCCAAUGCCUGCACAUCGCUCUUACCUGGGCCCUGGGAGCACGUCCCCAAUGGAAAUGAGUAAUGUUGCCAAUGGACGCUACAGCAGUGGGUACCUCAUGGAUACCACUCCUGAAUCUGAACUGUGACCAUCAACCAGUAGCCUUCCCCUACUUCCUGGGUGAAAGAGAAGAUAGUCCUGAAGGAGGACAACUGUUCUUUUUUUAAAAAAAAGCUUCCCAUCAUGCAUAGCAACCAGAGGUAGAUGAUAUCAAGUGUAAAAGGUUGAGAAGGAAAGUUGCUUUCCUUCUGGUGCUCUUCAAAUGAAAUACCAUAAUUUUCCUCAGUGAAUAAGAGGACAUUGCAAUAAAUCUUAUGGGCAAAGGGGAAAUUUUAGCUAAUUGGUAUUGAAAAACAUAGAUAACCUGUUUCAAGAAAUCUAAGAUUGGGGGAGAGAGAUGGAAUAAGGAAACAGCCAAAGCAAAAACAAGAAGCAGCUGGUUCCCUGACUCUCUCUUUCUCUUUCUCCAUCCCUUACUUUUAGUUAGGAGAAGAAGCUUUUGUCCCAUUUGCUAAAUAACGACCACUAUUCAUAGCACAAGAUUUUAAAAGCCCUAUAUGUAUUCUACCAGGACCAUAUCCAAGUUGCACAAUCUUAGUGAAGAGUUCUUACAAUUCUUCAAUAAGAUACAUUUUGUGUACAAAACACAUUAGAAUGCUUGUUGUUGCAUUAUGUGAGAUUGGUGAUGUUAUUGCUGAAGGUGGAUAAAAAAAAACCCUGAAAGGUGUUUGUUUCAGUGAAGCUGGCCGUGGUAUGCAUGCUGCUGAAACUCACAGUGUUCCUCUAUCACAAAUUUAGGUUUGUGCCACGUGUGUCAGUCAGAACCAAGACGUAGUUCUAUCAGUGUAGUUUUCUAGAAUUCCUGAUGUCAUUCGUGACAUUAUUCACAGAACUCUAAUUAAAUGCUGACAUUAAUUUUUUUAUGAAAUAUAGGGCAUAGUAAGAACUAUUUUAGUAGCAGCUCUUUUCUACAAUAGAGAUGGAGAGAAUCAGUAGCUCUCCAGGCUGUUAGAUUUCAUUGGCAUCAGCUAGGAAGGCUAAUGAUAAGGAAUGCAGGGAACUGCAGUGCAACAACAUCUGAAGGGCUUCAGGUUCUCUACUCCUGUUACGUGGGCACACACUAAAUACAUGGAAGCAUCUUCCUAUAUUAUAAUUUGGAAAGGAAUGACAAGCACAUUAAAAACAUUGAUAGCACAUUUCCUUCAACAUAGCACAUGUGAAUUAUGUCCCCCAGCCAGGAUUAGUAUGGUGGGAUUAUCAAACUUUCUAAACAAUGUUUUAUAUUUUAUACCUAAGAUAAUUUAAACAUUUUCUUCAAACUGUUACCUCUGUUUUCUUUAACUGCAGUGAGAAAAAUAACUGCACAUAUAUCAAUCAUGUAUCAGAUAUUGAUGGAAUUGAUAAGAUCGCUAAAGUAAAGAGUUCUUGCCUCCCACUUAGUCACAUUCAGUUAGUGAUUCAAGCAAUGCUAAUUUUUAAAACCAAUUUUAAAACAUUCUCCUCCUCCAAAAUUUUACAAUUUAUAUGAGAUAGUUUAACCAUUAUAAGUCUUUACAAAGUUGUUCAGGUGAACCAUAUAAUUAAUGAACAUUUUAAACAUAUCCACCUGGAUCCUCCUUCCUCCUUUCCUUUUCCUUUUCUCCUUCUCUAGUUUUGAAAUGUAAAUAUUCCCCUGAUUGCAACAUGUGGACUGAAGUCUGAUUUUUUAAAGUAGAAAAUAAUACAUAUUGGGAGGAGCUCUAAAUUAUUUGCAGAAGAUGCUUCAAGAGUUCAUGUGCAGAGAGUUGACAAGAGAGUUAACAAGAUGCCUGCAAUUAUGGUAUAAAAGAUUUAUAGAGGCCACUUUAAAUGUGAUUAUUGGGAUUGGUCUCUAUGGCCAGUUGUUUAUUAAUUUCUGAGACUAAUGUUAUGCACAAUUCUCUAGGUAAACAAAAACAACAAAAAAGAAAAAUAUUACGUUUUGAACAUUAUUGAGUGCCUGAAUCUGCUGGAGUAUUAAUCACCAAUAAUACCUUUAAAGUUGUGUCUGGGGCAUUAUGAAAAAUUAAAUAGGUAAUUAGUCAGUGAUAGUACUUAUGAUAUUUUCAGAGUGUUGUUCCCUGAUACCAUCAGUUAAGGCUGAUUUUUAUCCUGCUUUGAAUAUACAACAUAUUUUAACUUUACAAGUCUUUUCUAAGUGGUGGAAUAGAGAAAUAAGGUUUGAAUUUGUGUUCAGCAUAAAUCAGCAAUUAAACAGAAGCCAAGAUCUGGUGUCCUAACUCCACCUCAUUCUAUUCAUUGGGCUUCUGGAGCACAAUGUGGCCCAACACUGAACAGUAUAUCACAAUGCAUUAAAUUAAUGUCAGGAACUCCAAUUAUCCAGGAUAUACACUCAUUAUGCAAUAGUGAAAAACAACUAGUUUAUUCCUAUAGAGGCAAUGAAGUGUCAGUGGGAAAAUGUCAAGAUGUCAAGAAAAUGAUGAAGAAUGUCCUACUUUCCAGAGACUUAGCAUUUUUACAGUAAGAGCCUUUCUAGAAUGUUUCCUCAUGAUUUGGUUUGCCUGUACCGCUGCAUUUAAAGAGGUCACAAUUUUUUAAUUCAUUUCAGCAGACAAUGGAUUCUCUUUUUGUUCUUGGGGUUCAGAUUUGACUUCAGACUACUCAGGUAACCUGGAGGAUUAUGCAUAAUUAUACUUCAAUUUCUCCUUUUCCACAUGAUAUUAUUUAAGUAAGCCUGCAAUAUAUUACAAUCUGAAUAGACAAUGGAGGUAGCUCAUAUUUCAGUCCGUUUCUGGCUUUUUUUAGUCCAGUCAUAAAGUAUCACAUUACUUUAUUUUAUCUGAGUCCUGUAAAAGCAAAUAUUUUGCAAAAAGAAAAAGAAAAGAAGCCAUUUUCUGUGAUAGCUCUACAUGUUUCCUAGUCAGGAAUAAAUCUUUUGGAUAUGAGUCAAUAUAAUUCCACUGGAAUCAAUUAAAUUAAAUGAUGGCUAUUGGAAAUCUGGUCCAGCUGCUACAGAUGACAGGAUUAUAGAAUUAGGAUAGAGUUCAAAAAUAAGAGCCUUUGAGAUCAGGUGACCAUUAAGUCUGAUCAAUGCUCAGUAUCGGCAUUCUGGCUAGGGCUGAUGGGAAUUGGAGUUUACAAAUAUCUGAAGAUUUUUUUAUAUAUAUAUAUAGGAAACCUCGUACCUCAG